AUGUUUCAAAAACAAUAUUUAAUCGACAAAAUAAUUAUCACUCGAGAUUCUUAUCGAUAUGAACAUCAAAAAGGAUUCAAAAGUCCUACAAUUCAAGAAACAACUACUACACAUACGGCCACGGACCUGCAGGCGCAGAAAUCUAAUCAACUAAUUGUCAAUGGACAGCAAACAACUUGUGGCAACAAAGAAGAAUUCACAGAACAUCAUCAAACAUAUUUUGGACCACGCAGCACGGCAUCAAGAUCAUACAAUACAUAUUCGGACUCUGCAAACAAUUAUAACACUUCUCCAACACGAUUACAACAACGUGAAGUUACCUCAGAUACUUCCUAA